AUGACCUUGAAAUAUUUCACGCCCGAGGUGCUAGAGUAUCGUGAUUGGAAUGGGAGUUGUGACAUUUUAGAAGUUUUUGAGUGCUACGAAGUCGACAAUUUGGAGAGCGAAGAGGAGGUAGUUUUGGUCUUCACCGAACUAAUCAUUUGUUAUGAGGAAGAGUUUUUGAAGGUAGAGGAGCUAGUUGAAUUUUUAAGUUCAGCUAUUACCAAUGAUGACUUGGCAAGACUAUUCUGUCAAGUGUUGAACUCAUUUGCAAUAACAGAAAAGAGUCGAGACUUGUUGUCAACAUUGAGCAAAAAAGAGAAAAUACUUAAGCAAGACACCAUAGCCGCUUAUGUCAGUACCGAGUUUAUAAAAGAAGCAGAUAUAGUACCAACAGCUGUGCUAACAAAGACCUUAAACACGAGACUUCGCGAUAAGUUGUACACCCAAAAUAAAUACAAUCUUUUACAUGAGGAGAUUGAAGGGUAUUCCAAGCUUGUAAAUGAGCUACAAGAUGUUUUUAUUAGCGAAAAUACCGAUUUGCAAAUAGACUACGCUUUACAGGUGAUUGAUAAAUUGAUUGGGCACUAUAGCCUAGAUCCCAAUAGGUGCUUGGAUUUGUUGCUCGAGGUAUUGACAAAUUGGAUUUUCACGAGGACUGAAUGCGCUGUGAAAUUAUUAAGAAAAAGUAGAUGGUGGCCUAUAGAGGAAAGCGACAACUCUUCAAUCUCAACCUUGUCAAAGGGAGGCAAUGCGGCAGCAGCAAAAAUAUUUGGCUUGAAGUUGAUAAACCAUUCCGAUUAUAAGGGAUUAUUGAAAAAUAUCAAGAGUUCAAUAGUUGUUCUUAUCAAUGAAGGCUUUUUAAGUUUCGGAUCCAUCUACAAAUAUCUUCAUCCCGACGAUGAUGGAAUGAAAAUUUUUGAAAACGAACAUGAUCGUAGAUUACAAGAAGAAGUACUAAAAGCUGGGGCAAACGCACUUGCCCUUGCAGCUCCUCUUGCUGCUGACGACGAAGAAGGAACCCUGAAUAAAAAGACUGCACCAAACCCGAGUGCCUCAAACUUGGAAACCAAUGUCAAACUUCAGUUUUUAAAAGCAUUUCUGAGCAGUGGACUUUAUUGGCCAACAAUAUAUAUGUUGACACACUAUCCCUUUCUUGCAGAUGUGGACCAAGAGAUUCUGGUCAUAUUGUGUCACAUGUUUGAGACUAUGCUAAAUCCAUUAAAUGACGAACUCAGUGAUUUCAGCAAGGAGGAUAUUCUUCAAUCAACAUGCGCCAAGGGUACCCAUCUUCCGCGUCCAUUGAAUAAUGUUUCGGUUGAACCACCCAAAUUUACCGAUACAUCCAGUUUCAAGGUAACGCACAAAGAUUCUCCUCAGAAAAAGUUUCAUUAUUUUUACACUUCAUCAAAAAAUCUACCAGUGAUUAAUAGUUUUGAAUCCUUGUUGCAAGUUUCCCAAGAGUUUUUGAAAUUCGUUGGCCCAAACAUAUCCAAGAGCACUACCUUAUUUAUUAAACUUUGCGAUGUCGUAAUCCAUUUUGCAGAUCAAGAGCAGUACAAAGAACAGGUUUUUCAUUACUUUAGAAACUACAUUUUUCCUGCAAUGCCAUUGAUGCAGGAAAACUCUAUUGCAAUUGAUAAGGCCUUUGCCAUACUUGCCAAAUACCCGGUGGAAGAUAGAUUUAGUGUUUAUGGAGAGUUGUACAACAACUUAAGGAAGAAUAAUACAUUGGUGAAAAUAGCUUAUAGCGUGGCAGAAAAAUCCACCAAAGAUGUAUUGAAAAGAUUAUCAAAGGAGAAUUUGCGGCCCAUGAUGCGAAGACUUGCAAAGAUUAGCUUUUCAAACCCACUCCCCUGUUUAUUGACGAUACUACAGCAAAUUGAAAGUUAUGAUAAUUUGAAUACGUUGGUGGUUGAAACCGCAAGGUAUUUUAACGCAUACGCGUGGGAUAAUUUGACGGUAGCCAUAUUGAUUCGAUUAAGCUCUGAUAGAAGUACGAGCCACGGGAAUGGGAUGAUAGAUCGUCAGUGGUUACAAUCGCUUGCUUCCUUUAUCGGCAAGAUUUGUCAAAGGUAUCCUAAAGCUAUCGAUAUAAGAACAAUCUUGACAUAUAUUUUGAAAUCGUUUUUUAUGGGUGAUCGAACAGGGUUAUUAGUACUCAAAGAUAUGCUUAGUUCAAUGGGUGGUAUUCAAACGACUUCAGACUUGAACUUGGAACAGAUUAAUAUGAUAAGUAGUGGCUCGGUUUUGCAAAAGGUUGUUUACCGUGUGAUUGAUGAUGCAAGAUACGAUAGAAUACCUUCGGGAAGCCAACUAUUGAAAUGCUUUAUUGAGCUAGGUGCAGUCAACGAACUUGUUAUAUUGCUAUGCAGAAGCUUGAAUGACUUGAUUUAUGAUGACGCGGAAAAUCAUUUGAAAGUAUUAGCUAGCAGAGCUGACGAUAUAACGGAGGUACUACGGUUAUUCAUUACUUUAGUCGGAUUCUUUGGCGAUCAAGACAUAGACGUUGAGCUAUUGUCGAUUGAGCAGUUGCACAAGACCUAUGGUGUUCCCGUGGAGUGGGUAUUUGAUUUGUGGAGAACUCAAAAAAAACGUGAAUCUUAUGAGACUUUGGAAUUGCAAAGCUCUAAUAUUUGCCCGAAUGAUUUCCCUGCGAGCUUGUUUACUAUUUUCUGGUAUUUGUCCUUGCAGGACAUCAAUUAUUCAGCGCGACUUUAUGAGGAUGAGGCAAAGAAAUUGGAGUCAAGAAUUAGAGGGUUAAAAAAUACCAUAAACCUAAACCUGAAGGAUCCAGAUUUUUCAAGAGCAACAAUAGAGCAAUACAAAAAAGAAAUUGAACAAAAUAGGCUUUUCAUUGAACAGUUGCCUAACGAUAAGCUUCGUCAUGAACAGCUAAAUGAGAAGGUGAGCAACAAAUUGAUACUGUUAUCCACUGAUUGGUUCAAGGUCGAGAAUACAGACAACACGAUAAAAAGUUUUUUACAACAUUGCGUACUUCUUCGUGCUGUUCAUUCUUCGUUCGACGCGGUGUUUGCUGCUCAAUUUAUCUUUAAGCUUCAUUACUUGGGCGUUGCAAAUUAUUCCUUGCUCGAGACUUUGAAUGCGUUGAUAAAUUCAGAUGUAUUGUACAGGACAUUACACUCUUCAACACCUUCUGAGGUAGAAAGCAUUGGGUUUUUUUAUGCACAUAUUUUGAAAUCUUUGCAAGAUUUAUUUGAUAAAGAGAGCUUUGAAAAGAAAGAUGUCAAUUUAGGGAAAAACUUUGACGAGUACAGAAGCUUGGUAUAUCAAUAUCAUGCAGCUAUCUUGAGUCAAGUUGAAAGAGCGUUUUUGCUUACUGAUUACAUGUUGCGAAGCAAUACCAUCUUGUUUUUGAAAAGUUUACUUGGAGUGUAUCCGUUGGUAGAGGAUCACGGAGAAAGAGUCGUUCAUUUGGUAGAAAAAAUAUCUACAACUGACGAAAGGGACGACAUUAAAUUGUCGUCCGGUGCAUUGUUAGGUCAUGUGAGGGCAAAAAGCAGGAAUUGGAUUCCACUCUGGGACUUUAUUCCAAUGAGCGAUGAACAAAAGCAGGAAAUGAUUGAGACAAAGGCAAGGUUGUCAAGAGAAAAGAGAAUAGCUGAGAAAAAAGCAGCAGAAGAAAAAGCAGCCAAGGAGAAGCAAGAAAGAAAAGCAAAGGAGGAAGGGGAGUUGCUCAAAAAGAGAGCAUCUGCCAUUAAUUACUCAUCUACACAAGCUCCAUUGAGUAGACCGAUGUCUAGAAACACCGCAGUCAAUUCAACUGGAAGAUACGAGGAGUACCUUCUGAGUGAUAAGAAAGAAGCACUACCUGUUAGUGGGAAACAAGACCCGCUACCACCAGUUCCUAGCGAGCCCAAGGCUGACAAUGCAAAAAUGACACAGACUCGCCAAUUAUCUGAAAACCAUCUCAAAUCACCAAAAGAAGAAGAAGAAGAAGAAGAAGAAGAAGAAGACAAAGAAAAUAAGGAGAGCAAGAGCAAGGAAAAAGUGAUGAUCAAUGAUGAUGGAAAGAAAGAAACAGAGGUUCCCUCAGGUACAAUAAAUGGCAUGGUUGGUGAUAAGCAAAAAAAUACUAAAAAGAAAGAAGAGGUUCAAGAACAUGAUGUUGUCAAGGAGAAAGAAGUAAACUUGAAAAAUGAGAAUGCGGAUAAGGAGGUUGUUGUGGACAAGGAGGAAACUAAGAAUGACAACAAUAAUAAUGUUGAUGAUGAUACCAGGAAAGAAAUCAGAGCAGAUGAAAUUGCAAAUGAACAGGAGGCAGUUGCAGAACAGGAAAAGACCCAAAAAGAAAACCUUCCUGAAAGAAAAGAAGAGGAGACAGAACAAGCUCGUUCCAUAUCAAAACGAACCCCGCUCCCUUCUCAAAAAGAGACGAUGAAUCGCUCAACACGGCAAGAUCAUAAUGAUCCACGAGCAAUGACACCGCCACUUCCUCAAGAACCAAGAGCAAGAACCCCCAAUUCAAAAAGACAACCACCACCUCCUCAAGAAAAAUUGGGCUCAAAAGAUGAAUUUUCAUUCAGGUCUCGUGGAAAACACAAAACUUCAACGGCACCUUCAGUGCAAUCCAAGGGUUUUUCAAGCAUACCACCGCCGCCACCGCCGCCACCACCGCCUCCACCUACUUCUCUGUCUCAACAACAACAUGGCGGAAGACGAUCAAAUUUCGGAUCAAACUAUAAUCGUCACAGUUUUGGUGACCGUGAACAAUCCGACUAUUCUAUAUCAAGAACAAGAUCAUUUGAAGGAAGGCGUGGUAGGCUGAAUAUCACCAAGGGACCAAAGAUCUCAUCUCCGUAUAAUGAUCGCAAUGUUCAGAGGGGAAUAAACCUGGAUGAUAAAGCAGAUACGAAGCCCAACAACAGAGAUAGAGAUGCUGCGUAUGAAGGUAAUGCCAAUGGCAGAAGGGCAAAUGAUACUGGACAUAGUGGAUCAUACGAUAAUAAAAGAAGAGCUGAAAAUUACGGUGGAAGAGGAUAUGAUAAAAGAAGUAGAUAUUAA